AUUCAACUAAAAACAAUAAUAUGAAAUAUAAUGUUAUUAUUGUUAUUGAAUAUUGUACUUCUGUCCAACAGGAAGUUUAGUACUCAAAUCGUAUUUGGAUAAGUAUUUAGUUUCAUAAUAGUGUGCAACUCAAUGUUAGUUGAUUGUUGUGUUUAAAAGUCAAAUUAAAAUAAAUUUCUGUUGUUAUAAUUAAAAUACCACAAUGAAUCAAAUUUGUUUGAUAAAGUUAAUAUAAUAACUUGAUAUUCCUGUGAUUUUAUUUGAAAAAUUAUAAUAUAUAAACCAAAAUGAAGAUUUUUCGAUUAGUCAUUCUGACACUCUUUGUCUAUUGCACAGCAGAUCCUCUUGUAAGGUAUCAACCAGAACAGAUUCAUUUAUCAUUGGGCGAAUCUGAAACUGAGUUAGUUGUUACAUGGACAACAUGGAACAAUACAGAAGAAUCAGUGGUAAAAUAUGGAAUUAGCGGACCAAUUCUUAAGGCUACAGGUAUUUCUACAUUGUUUGUAGAUGGUGGUGAACUUCAUCGUACUCAAUAUAUACACCGCGUUAGGCUUUCUGGAUUACAACCGUCCAGUAAAUAUGUGUAUUACUGUGGAAGUCAUCAAGGCUGGUCUCCUCGAUUUUGGUUUAAAACUUUUCCUAGUGAUACCAAUUGGUCACCUAGCCUUGCUUUUUUUGGUGAUUUGGGUAAUGUAAAUGCACAGUCACUUCCUAGAUUACAAGAAGAAACUGAACGAGAACUCUAUGAUAUGAUACUUCAUAUUGGUGAUUUUGCAUAUGAUAUGGAUAGCGUAAGUAUAACUAUCCRAAAUAGAUAA